AGAGACUUAAUCAUAGAAUCAUAGAGUUGGAAGAGACCACAAGGGCCAUCCAGUCCAACCCCCUGCCAUAAUGCUACAGUUAUUACAAUCUAUCAAAAACUAAACUCGACAACUGUGCAUAAAGUAUAUUGGUUGGUGGAGAGGGGUGACUGAAGUUUGAAAAUCUCUAAGAAUGUAUUUUUAAACUAAAGGUAGGAAUUAUGCAAUCCUGAUGUUGAACUGCAGCUCCCAGCAUUUUUCAUCAUUGGCUAUGCUGGUCAGGGUUGCUAGUUACUGCAGCCCAACAAUAUCUGUACAAUUACUUGCAUCCCAUCCCUGUUUUUAACCUUUCUGAGAAUCUCACACAACGCUAAAAAGUAAAGCACCCUUUCCAUCAAGUGUUGUGUGGUUUAAAACGUUCUUCAUUUAUUUGUCUAUUUAUCUCAGCCCUCCCUGCCUCUGUGGCUCAGGUGGGGGUAGAAAUACCUUUGUUUCAAAAGUUUUUGAGCAAUCCUUUGAACUAAAUCAGUAUAAAUUCCCAGGCUACAGAGACAGAAUUGAGGGUGGAAGAGUGACUUUCUCAAUGGUAGAGGUUUGAUAGUGGCAUACGCAUUCUUGGAGUGUGGUUGGGGUUCUUUGGAGGUUUUAAAUAGAGGCUGGAUGAUCAUGAGGUAAGCUGGAAUUCUGAGGCCAGGUCUCUUCUGAUAGUCCCUGUUUUUAGUAAAUUGAGCCCUAGUUCUCACUGAUUUAAUGUGGCAGACAUGUGAACCCUACAACCCCCUUAUUAGUCACAUAUUAAAUUCCACAGUAAACUAUCCUGUAUUUUGUACCAUUUGCGUAUAGGUCUGAAGAAAGUCCUUGAAGCAUCUUCAUGGAAUGAGAACAAGUAGUGUUUACUAUUAUUGGGUUAUGAUGUACAGGGAUUUCAUCCCACUGCUGAUGUCAGUGCAUAUAAAUGCCCUUCACAUCCAGAUUCAGCGGCUGGUAGCCAUUGCAAAACUCUCAACUAUCCAUCAGAGGCAAAUGAAGAAGGAAGGAGAAGAGAGAGAGAGAAAGAGAAAGAGAGAAAAGAAGAAGAAACCACAGCAAAGAACCACCCACAUAUCUCUAUUGGUCCUUUCCUCUCAUCCCAAAGCAAUUUAAACCCACAGAGAAGAAGAGGGUAGCCAUGCCCUGGCCUUUUUGUUUGCUUUCCCUUUCAGCAGGUGCUGCUGGCCACACCAAAAGAUUCCUGCUACAGACCUGAGCGCAGAAUAAAAUCUCCAAGAAACAAGAUGGUAACUUUGAAUUUUCUUCUGUGGAUUCUACUGCACCACUCACUGCCUGAAGCCUUGGCACAGUUAGCUGCUCCACCUGAAAACUGCUUUGGCAAAAACCAGAAGAUUUCGUUCAGCCACUCAUACAAAAUUGAUGUGCCUAAGUCGACUCAGAUCAAGGUGGAGCCAGACCCACGACCCCUCCAAGAUGACAGCCACAUCCUCUUGGCUACUGGUGAAAUGGAUGAAGAGCAAAACAUUAUAUUCAGGCACAACAUUCAGCUCCAAACUCCCAAGGGUGACUGUGAAGUUAUAGGGCAGCUCAAGUCUUUAUUGGAAAGAAUGGAGAAGAUGGAGAUGGAAGUGGUACGUCUGAAGGGGCUCUGUAGUCCUCAGAGGUGCUGUGGGAGAGGCCAAGGUGUUUCUUCCUGCAGUGGCCAUGGAUCCUUCAGCCAAGAGACCUGUGGCUGCAACUGUGAUGAAGGCUGGGAAGGUCCAGAUUGUUCCCGACCUACCUGCCCAGGAAACUGCAAUGGUAAUGGGCGCUGCAUUGGCGGCCGCUGCAUUUGCCAUGCUCGCUAUUCUGGUGAAGACUGCAGCCAGCUCCUGUGUCCUGAGAACUGCAGUGGCAAUGGGGUCUGUGUCAAUGGUGUGUGUCACUGCUACAGAGAGUUCAUUGGGGAUGACUGCAGUGAGAAGAGAUGUCCCAAUGACUGCAGUGGCCAUGGAUAUUGUGACAGUGGCGAGUGUUACUGUGAGGAUGGUUUCACUGGCCUUGACUGCUCUAAAGUGAUUGCUCCUUGGAAUGCCCGUCUCCUCAAGACCACAGAGGAUUCCCUGGCCAUUGGAUGGGAUAAGAUGAUGGAGGUGGACUAUUAUAUCAUCACCUACUUUCCCAUUGGAUCUGAGACCUCUGUGAAGGAAGUACAAGUGCCCAAAGACCAGGUCAGCUAUGAGAUUCUGGGCCUUCUUCCUGGCACAAAGUAUGUAAUAGCACUUCGCAAUGUAAAGAAGGGGGUUUCCAGUGACCCAGAACUCCUGCAAGCCAGCACAGCUGUGUCUGCUGUUGGUGUUAUCUGGGUGACAGACGAAACAGAGAAUUCACUGGAAGUAGAAUGGGAGAAUCCUGCAACAGAGGUAGAUUAUUACAAACUCAGAGUCAGUUCAUUGCUUGGGGAGGAGAAGGAAGUGGUGGUCCCCAAAAGCAAUGAUGCCAAGAGCAGAUACGUUAUCACAGGCUUGAAACCAGGAACACAGUAUAAGAUCACUGUCAUUUCUGUGAAGGGUGAAGUAGAAGGGAAGCCAUCCACAGUGAACGGCUGGACAGAAAUUGAUGGCCCAACUAAUCUGAAAACCAGCCAUGUGACAGAAGACACAGCUACCAUUUCGUGGAAUGGGGCCCAGGCUCCCAUAGACAGAUACAUAGUGAGCUACACUUCAGCUGAUGGUGAUACCAAAGAGAUGUCUGUAGGCAAGGACAAGAGGACCACUACACUGAUGGGACUGAAACCAGGCACGCAGUAUACUAUCUACAUCUGGGCCAUGAAGGGAACCCAGCAGAGCAGGAAGGCAAGCACAGAAGCGGAAACAGAAAUAGAUGGCCCUACAAACCUGAAAACAGAUCAAGCAACCGAGAAUACAGCUACUAUCUCUUGGAACAAGGCUUUGGCUCCCAUAGACCGAUACAUAGUCAGCUACAUCUCUGCUGAUGGAGAAAAUAGAGAGAUAGCUGUUGGGAAGGAUAAGACCAGCACCACCUUAACUGGACUGAAGCCUGGCAUGGAAUACAUUAUUUCCAUCUGGGCUGUAAAGGGAAGCCUGCAGAGCAAGAGGGCCAGCACAAAAACUGUGACAGAAAUUGACCCUCCCAGGAAUGUCCGUGUAUCAGAGGUGACACAGUCCAGUGGAGUUGUCACAUGGACAGCACCUGAUGCAGAGAUCAGUGGUUAUCUCCUCACCUAUCGAGAACCAGAUGGCACCACCAGGGAAAUACAGCUAAGUCCCAAUGACCAAAUGUUUGUGCUAGAAAACCUUAGUCGGGGGACUAAGUACACCAUAUAUAUUAUGGCCUUUAAAGGAGAUCGAUGGAGUAAAAAAGCAGCUACCACCUUUACUACAGUCAGCUUGCGCUAUCCCUACCCUGCUGAUUGCAGCCAGCUCCAGCAAAAUGGGCAUUCUACCAAUGGCAUGUACACCAUCUACCUGAAUGGGGAUGCCAACAGGCCUCUAGAAGUUUUCUGCGACAUGAUCACGGAUGGAGGUGGUUGGAUAGUGUUUCAGAGGAGGAACUCGGGACAACUGGAUUUCUAUAAGCGCUGGAGGAAUUACGUUGAAGGCUUUGGAGACCCUAGUGGGGAGUUUUGGCUUGGUCUUGAAAAGCUGCAUGAACUCACCACUUCUGCCCCUUAUGAGAUGAGGGUGGAUUUGCGAACACACAAUGAAUCUGCCUAUGCUGUUUAUGACCUAUUCCAAGUGGGCACGAGCAGAGAGCGAUAUAGGCUCUCUGUGGGAAAGUACAGAGGCACAGCUGGAGACGCUAUGACGUACCAUCAUGGAUAUAAAUUCACAACCUGGGACAGGGACAAUGAUAUUGCAAUCAGCAACUGUGCGAUGACACACCAUGGUGGUUGGUGGUAUAAGAACUGCCACCUGGCCAAUCCCAAUGGCAAAUAUGGAGACGACAAGCACAGUGAGGGAGUGAACUGGGAACCAUGGAAAGGGCAUUUAUACUCCAUUCCUUUUACUGAAAUGAAGAUCCGUCCACGGUCGCAUAGCUUUGGCCCAAUUUUUGGCAGAAAAAGGAGAUCUCUUGUGGAGAAGCGGAAGGAGGCUGGAAUUUAAAACUGCUUCUUGGCAGUGCUGUGUUUGCCAACCCAAACACAAAAAUGCAUAAUCAUGUAACAGCAUGUCAGGCCUUUGGUGGCUUAUUUUAAUACCUGUAUAAUCACAUGAACUGGUUUAAGGCUUCAGAAAUAUUCUCAGGUAUAACUGGCUGAGAACAUCAUAUAACAUGUGCUACACUGUGAGUGAGCUAGAAAAGUCUGUGAGAACUAAGAGCCAGACCAUAUCUUACACUCUUGAUGAGGGGAACUAACAGAGCUUGUAGACUGCAGCUCCCAGAAUCCCUCAGACAAUGUGAACCUACUGGCUGAGCGAUGCUGGAAGUUGUAGUCAGAAACCCAUCAAAACAGUGCUUUUCCUUUUCCUCCUGUGCUUGUAUGUGUCUGUCAGCUCAGGUGCAGUUAUGGCAUUUUCUUGUGUGGGAACCCAGAGCAAAAUGAACAUUGCAAGGCUUAGUUUGCUCCAGCAGCUGGAAUAAACAAGGACCUGGUCAGUCUGCUGCGCUUUGAUUCGUGUGAUACGGAUUUACAAAACCAAAGGUGUUGAUUCAGUGGUAUUUUCUGUAACGUGUUUUCUAUACAACAAGCUAGCAGUUACCACAAAAUAGCCAGACAUUUCAGACUCUAAAGUGUUUGAGAAGAUGUGGUCCCAUUUCAAAAUAUAUUUCUACUUAAGUCAACUCAUUCAGCGUUUGUGUGUUUGUGUGUGUGUGAUAUACUCUUUGUUUGCUGCAUUUGGACUUUGCCUUUCUCUCUGCAUGACAAUCUCUGCACCAUACUUUCUGUUAGAAGCAUCACUACACUGAGUUAACAUAGGGGAAAAUGGGGCAGUAUAGCUAAGCUGUUUGCAUUAUAAACAGCGGUAACAUUGUGCACCUGUGGCAGAACUUGGAAACAUCGAUUUGGACUCUGCCACUGUUCUCAAGCAUAUAUGACAACUGUGAUGCUAGCUGGGGGAGUUGCAGACCAAAAAGGUAACUUCCUAAUUCUGAGAUCCCCCAUCCCCAUGCUCUUCUCUCUGAGACUUCAUUUCUGCUGUACUUAGGAAACUGAGCCUCUGCUUCAAUUGCAGCAGUAAGAUUGUAUCUGGGCUAUAUGUUCUCACACACAAAGAGGCCCCUGUUGAAAUCACACCAAUCUUUCUGAGAUAUUUAGUGUUCUGACUUCAGGGAUUUUUUUAUGGAAAAGGAAAUUUGAUUAUCUGUAACUUUAGGUGGGGCAACCCAAUUACAGUACUUGCCUUUGUAAUUACUAAGCUUUUGAUACAUUGCCAUCUAGUGUUAGCUUUCAUUAAGAGUACCUGCAACAUAUAUGUUGUGCAUUUUGCUUGGCCAAUAAAGGUAUCACUGUUUGGUGGAUUUUUCAUGUUAUUGGAAUGAGUACAAUGAUGUGGAAUCUGUAGCUGUCCAUGUGUUGUGAACUACAACUUCCAUCAUUCCUGAUCAUUGGCUAUAUAAUUAGGAGUGAUGGAAAUGCAAGCCAAACAACAUUGGGAGCAUAACAGGUUUCCACCCCUGCUCCAUGUUAUCAUUUAUAAAGCACAGCUUCCUUUGCGUUUCUCAUUUUCCAGUAACAGAAUGCUUCAGAAAGGAUGCUCUUGAAUGAGGAAAAAAGAUUCAUUUUCUCACUACAAACUGAACUCCUUUCAUAAAUAUAUACAUUGUAUAUAUUGACUAUAUUUUGCUGCAAGCAAAGGUGAUGGAUGUAUACUUAGCAAGCUGUAUAUGUGUUUAUAUGUGUUUAAAAUCCCAGUCAAUCUCUCAGCUCAGCUAGAAACUCAUAGGAUGGCCCAAGAAAAGUGUCUCAGGGCCGGAACAGACAGGCCAAAAUAAAGCUGCUUCAGGUCACUUUGGAGGUAUGCUGUUUAAAUGACAUGUGUCCUAAGAGGCCGGAAGCUGCACCAAAGGCACGCUCCAAUCUUAAGGACUAGAGUGCAGCUUUGGCGUAGCUUCUGGCUUCUUAAGAUUAGGGAUGCCAUAUCCCAGCGGCCCCCGGGACAAACCCGCUUUUGGGGGGGCCCCUACCCGCCCCGCCCCAGUUCCCCCCCAAUUCCGGCCUUUGUUCCGGGCCCAGCCUCCGGGCCGGGCGCGCUCAUGUGGCCAUUACCGUGGCUGCUAACGCGGCUGGCCGGCCACCCACCUCCUCCUCCUCCAUGGCUGCGCCAUGUCGCCCUCUGCCUCCACUGCUCCUCUUCCACCUCCCCCCCCCAGCGCAGCUUCUGUGCAGCCCGUGGUGCUUGCCUGGGCCACGGCUGACAGCAGUGCGCGCUCGCCCCUUUUGCGCGCUUGUACGCGGGGCUUAAGGGGCAGCGCUUGCCUCCUAAGCCUUAUGGCCAAUGGCAGACGAGCAGGGGCUGGCCUAGUUUCCAGCCCCAGUCUGCCAUUGG